ACAAAACCACCAUUUAGACAAGUAGUCAUUCUAGUCUAAUUCGCCAAUAAUGGCUCACAAAGCAACCUCCUUCUUUAUGAUUCUAUAUUGUUCAUUGUGCCUAUUCACUCUCAUAAACGCACUCUCCUCCUGCAACGGCCCAUGCAACAACCUCAACGACUGCUCUGGCCAGCUCAUCUGCAUCAACGGAAGGUGCAACGACGACCCUGACGUCGGCACUCACAUCUGCACCACCCCCUCUCCACCAAGUGGUGGCGGCGGAACCUGCCAAUCCUCCGGCAACCUUCAAUGCGGCACAAACUCCUACCCUCAAUACAGGUGCUCGCCUCCGGUGUCAUCCUCCACCAAGGCAAUACUCACCCUGAACGACUUCAGCGAAGGCGGAGACGGAGGUGGCCCAUCUGAGUGUGACGGAAACUACCACAAAAACUCAGAGCCAGUGGUGGCACUGUCCACUGGGUGGUACAACCAAGGGUCGAGGUGCUUGAAGAUGAUAAGGAUCACCGCGAGUAACGGGAGGAGCGUGUUGGCUAAGGUGGUGGACGAGUGCGACUCCGUUAACGGUUGUGAUUCGGAGCAUGCAGGACAGCCACCGUGCCGGAACAAUGUCGUGGAUGGGUCGCAGGCGGUGUGGGAUGCUCUAGGGCUGGAUACGGAUGUUGGGGUUGAAAACCUUACUUGGUCAAUGGCCUAAAAAUAAUAAUCUCACGUUGCCAAUUCUAUACGCUAGGGAUUAAUAUUAAUAAGAGCAAUGUUAGGGACAGCAAUUUUAUUAAAUUUUGUCUAAUAUGUAAUCAGCGAAAAAUGUGAGUUAUUGAAUGAAAUUUU